AUGCCUGUUUUCCAAUCGAAGCCAUUCCGCAGCAGCGGCAGUAGCGCAGCAGCAAGAGAUCUCCCCUCACGGAUCGCGGCGUGGUACAACCGCAAACAGGAACGCAGUCCGUUCUUGUACUUCGGCCUGCCGUUCAUCUCGAUCGUCGUCGCGGCCUCAUUCCUCCUCACUCCGGCCACGGCCCUGCGAUACGAGAAGCACGACCGCAAGAACAGACAGGUCUCGGAUCACGAGAGGAUGGAGUUGGGCUUAAAAGGCGGGCCAGCGGGCGAGGGCGGGCUCACGUACAAUCCAAGACGACGGAAGAUCCUCAAGGGAGAGCUCAAUGAGCGAGAUGAAUACUACAGGCUUAUGGCCAAAGACCUGGACAACUGGGAGCAGAAACGCGUCGAGCGCUGGAAGGAUGAACCAGACGGCAGACUGCGAUAG